GUGUUGCUUGCGGGGCCGCGCCACCUAACCUCACACUUUUCCGCAUUGUUUGCAAACACCAGAGGCUGUUUUUCUCCAAACUAUUAGCAGAUUUCAGGAGUUUUUCGGGGUGUUAUCACGUGAAAAGUGACAUGGGGAGGACAAAGAAGGCGCCUAAGAAACGAACAGAGGUGGACAGUGGCGACAAAAUGGACACAGAAACUGGCAGUUCCUUUGAUGCUCCAGACUCCACUUCGGAUGAUGUGGUGUCUGAGAAGCGAAAGAAGAUGACAGACACAGUUCCUCGUGGCAUUCCCAAGAGUGGUCGCGUGUGGAAGACACCGAAGCAAAAAUUCUCCACCAUCAAGAAAUCCCUCCACCGCCAGACAUUUCAGAAGAAGGAGCAAUUCCGGGAGGAGAUGCAGAAGGUGAAGGAGCUGUCAAAGUCCAUCAAGAUGCAGAAGCAGGCGGAGAAGGAGCAGCUGAAGGAGCGUCGGGAGGCAAAUGAGAAGCGAAAGUUGGAGAAUCAGCGCAAGUCUGAAAUUGUGCAGAUCAUCAAGAAUCCAGCGAAGCUCAAGAGGAUCCGCAAGAAGCAACUGCGAUCGAUUGAGAAACGUGAUUUGAGCACAGUCAAGGCCAUUUAAUAAAGUGAAACACACAGAGGAUCUUUAGAAGAUGCGUUGCUUGACAAUUUCGGGAUUCUUCCGGUGAAUGUCGAGGAGAUGCUUCUGCACAACU